AUGUGGUCUCUUCAGCAAGUCGCGUUUACCAUCCUGUUGUUGCGUGGAGUGGCUUCGCAAACCCAAUAUGGCGGCAACUCUGUACGCGUCGUGCCCGACCCGCCGAUCGUGGAAUCGCGUGCAUUUUCAGCUCCCAAUGCGACCUUGUACAGCCCCUCAUUUCUCCUCAACGCGUCGUUUCCACAAGGAUGGGCAGAGGGGACCGCUGGGGCGACGAGCGAAUACUCUUUGCACACAUUUCUCCAAAGCCUGGCGGACAGAAACCCGUCAUGGAUGAAGUACCAGACUGCCGACUUCGAUUCUGAAGAAGGUCGAGCGUUUCCCUACGUUGUUCUCAGCAGCGGCAGUGCCAAUUCCAGCAUCAAUUCGCUAGGGAAUGGCAAACUCAAGGUCUGGCUCCAGGGUGGAGUGCACGGAAACGAGCCUGCCGGUGACGAAGCAUUGCUCGCGCUACUAGGGAAGAUGGACGCGAAUCACGAAUGGGCGACGAGCAUUCUAGCGACGCAAGACAUCGUCGUCCUACCUCGUUACAACCCAGAUGGAAUUUCUUAUUUUCAACGAACACUUGCAACAAAUUACGACCCGAAUCGUGACCAUAUCAAGCUGGCUCGUCAGCAGACACGGGAUAUCAAGGAGCUAUUUAGCGGAUUUGGUCCACAUAUUGCAGUUGACAUGCACGAAUACGGUGCUUCGUCCAGGUAUGCUACGAAUUAUAGCAAUGCUGCCGAUGGAAUGUACUCGGCUGCAAAGAAUCUGAACAUCUACACUUCUAUUCGCAAUAUCUCAGAGGCGCUUUUUGCGAAGAAUGUUGGCAGUGACCUCACAGCUGCUGGGCUGCGCGGUGAGCCGUACAUGACUAGCAGCUCAUCCUCAAACCCGGUCCGGCUCGUUGAAGCAGGCAGUGACGCUAAAAUUGGCCGCAACGCCAUGGGCCUUACACAGACCGUAACAUUCCUUUUCGAAACUCGAGGUAUUGGGAUUGCCAGCCAAGAGUUCAAGCGUCGCACCUACGCAGGGCUCACGAUGGUUUCAUCCAUCCUCCAGACUGCCGCUGACAACUUCGAGGAAGUCUAUGACACUUUGGAGAAUGGCAUACAGGAAUUUAUCGAAAGUGAAGAAGACAUUGUCGUCACAGACUACACAACACCGCAAGAUAGGACUUGGACGAUGGUAAAUCGCUAUACAGGUGAUGUCGUCCAACUGCCUGUUCAGUUCGAGAGCAACACUCCGGCUGUUGCAAACCUUACGCGUCCUCGUCCAAAGGCCUAUCUCAUUCCUACUGCAUGGGCCGACCUUGCCGAGCGCCUGAUGGUAUCAGGUCUCGAUGUUGAGAAGCUGAAAGAUGCGUACGCUGGCACUGUGGUAGCAUACAAUAUCACAUCUGCUUCUUUGGCAACAUCCUACUAUGAAGGUGUGGUGCUUAGCUCUGUUACGGCUGAGCCUGUGGACAAAACAGUUUCGCUUCCGCCAGGCAGCUUCCUACGGGUGUCGGAGAAGAAGAAGAAGACGUAG